CUAUCAAUGCUAUAUAUAAUAAACCAUACAACAUUGCAACUGGUUUCUUGACACUUCUCUCAGUUCUGAAAUAUUGAAACUUGCAAGCCCUUUUCCUUCUGUUUAUCUGUCAAGAGAAACUUUGACAACAUGCAAAGUUUUGGAAGGUAACAAGGAGCAGGCGAGCAGCAACCUCUCUUGUUUGCUACGAUUUUCUUUAUUUUUUUACCCCUCUAUUCCUUCUUCUUCUCAUGCAUUUUAUUCAUUUCUACGGCAAGAAUUCAAUUUCAUGGCUCCCAUCUCCUGCAGCCGUGCAAUCUUGACCGCAGCACAUGGGCGGUGACACCACGUGCCAUGUAUUUUAUUUCUUGUCUAUUCUGCCCCAUCCCUGUGCUAGCUUCCAUCUCCCCUUUUCCCCUUUUCUAAGUGAUUUUCAAAUCUCUUCUGAAUUGGUUAGAACGCUGACUGUACACCACGAGUUUGAACAAAAAGAUUCAGACCUGCUUUGCACUUUUAUAUGCAGCAAGUAGAUCUUGGAUUCUUCAGGUAGCAGUAGCAGUAAUACACGUAGCAGCAGGAGUAGGUGGGCGGUGGUACUUACUACUUGGUCAUCUUCUGCCACCCUCUCGUGCCCUCUGCAUCUUCCAAGGCUCUUCCACGCGUUCGCUUCAAGCAUUGACCGAAGCGAUAAAUCCAGCUAGCUUGCUCUUGACCUGUUCUUGAUUUACUUCCCUGCCUGUCUGUCUGUGUAGUGUUUUUGAGCGCUCAGAUUUGGUAAGCACGAAGCUAUGAAUAGGGCUGGCACCUUGGCGCAGGAUCCUGAGUCCUGACUUGCGACUCUGAAGGCGGAGGGGCUUCUUUUCCCAGUGCUUGAAUCUGCUUAGCUUCUAGCUCUCCUUGAAGAUUUGUGAAGAAUGAAGCCACCUUUGGAAAGAAACCCAUCCAAGAAGCGCCAUUCUUGGUGGUGGGAUAGUCACAUCAGCCCCAAGAACUCAAAAUGGCUUGCCGAAAACCUUGAAGAAAUGGAUAAGCAAGUGAAGGAAAUGGUGCAGCUCAUCGAGGAGGACGGCGACUCCUUUGCAAAGAAAGCACAGAUGUACUACCAGAGGCGUCCGAUGCUCAUCACCCACGUCGAGAACUUCUACCGGAUGUACCGUGCUCUAGCCGAGCGCUACGACAACGUCACCGGCGAGCUGCGUAAGAACAUCCCUUCAAGGAUGCAGUCGCAGGGAUCUCUAACCGGUUCAGAGUGCGGUUCAGAGCGGCUAAGGUCGCCGUCGCCUUCACCAUCUCCCGAGCUGCAGAGGUCCUGGACGAGGGAGCAGAGCCCCAGAGCCGCCGGCUUCGACUUCUUCCUGAGCAGCAAGAGCAACGACUCGCCGUCGUCGAGGAAGGAUCCCGAGUCGGCUUCACAGUCAGAGUCUGAUGCCAAGUCUGAAGACGGUGAGGAUGAUAGCAUUGCAUACACAUUGCAUCAGAAAAUUAUUGAGCUUGAGGAUGAUCUCAGUGCGGCAAACCGGAAACUACUUGAUGCAAACGAAAAGCUUGAGGGUUUCGAGGAGAAGAGCCUGAGGUGCCACUGUGAUUAUAAGUCAAAUGGGAACGGUGCCGGUCAAGCCACACGAGCUAGAGACAUCCAGGGAGAGCUCGAAGACGCCGCAAUUUUGACUGAAGAGCACUCUAGAUUGCUGGAACAAAACAAUGCACUGGAAACUGAAAUCGUCAAUCUGAAAGAAGAAAUGGCUUCAGCUAGACAGCGUUUCGACGACAAGCUCUCCGAGAGCGACGCCGAGAUCAGCAGGUACAGGCAGGAGCUCGCCGCCGCGUCCGAGAAGCUGCUGCAAGAGAAGUCCGCCAACAGCGCGGAGGUCGGUAAGCUGCAAGAAACGAUCCAGAGCAGCAGGCGUAGGUUGGAGGAAGUUUCUGAAGAGAAAUCUCUGGUGGAGGAGCAGGUGAAGCAGCUGGAGGAGGCGAGCGUUGAAGCCGAAAAGCAGAGGCAGGAGCUGGUCCAUGCAGCAGAAAUGCUGUCGGAGGAUAAGUUCAGAAAUGAAGCAGAGGUCCUGACGUUGCGGCAGAGCAUCGAGGAUCUGAAACCAGAAUUUGAGAGGAUUGCUGAAGAGAAAUCGUUGCUCAAGUCGUGGUUCGCGGAUCUGGAGCGUGUCGUCGAGCGGGGAAGGAGCGUUGUCAUGGAAUAACAUGGCUUUGUCGGAAAAUUCAGUAGCUAGGAGUAUAUUUUUUUGGCUGAAAUACUGCAUGAUGCAAAACUGAGAAAUUCUGCCGUGCGUCGUUGUAAAAGGUGUGCCUUUGCUUGGACAUUUGUUGCCUCCUGAUGAUAGGUGAUGGUGAUGUAUGUG